AUGCUCCAAUUACUACUGGUAGCUUUUCUAUACUAUCCUUUGUCAAUUGGUUUGACAUUUUUUCAAAAACAAUUUAUAAAGACUUUUCAUUUUCCUUUAUUUAUUGUAACAGGCCAUUAUUUUACCAAACUUUUAGUUAGUUACAUUUCAAGAUUUCUACUAGAAUGGAAACGUGGUGGUAAAAAAAUAAGAGUACCAAUUAAAAAUCAAAUUCGUUAUUUAUUUCCUGUAGGAGUUUGUGCAUCAUUUGAUAUUGGUUUAUCUAAUUGGGCACUAGAAUAUGUAACAGUUUCUUUAUAUACAAUGGCUAAAUCUUCCUCUAUCUUGUUUAUAUUUAUAUUCUCCAUAUUUUUAAAUUUAGAAAGAUGGAAAACAUCCUUAGCAGCAAGUUCCGGUUUAAUUGCACUAGGAUUGUUUCUUUUUACUUGGAGAUCAACACAAUUAGAUUUAUUAGGUCUCAUUCUUGUUGAAAUGGCUGCAUUAUGUACAGGUAUUCGAUGGACUGUGUCUCAAUUAAUAAUGCAGCAAGAUGAUUCUCCAACAACAAUAAAAAAUCCAAUUAAUAUGAUAGUUCAUGUUCAACCAUGGAUGAUUUUAGCAAUUAUUCCACUAGCAUGGGUUUUUGAAGGUGAUGACAUACAAAAUUACAGUCAUCCCGAUAUCACUUUACCUAUAAUAUUUUUAAACAUUUUCUUUGGUGGUGUACUGGCUUUUUUAAUGGAAGUAACAGAAUAUGUAUUACUUCUUAAGACUUCUGGUAUUACAUUAAAUAUUCUUGGAAUAAUUAAGGAGUUAAUAACACUUUUAUUAGCACAUUAUAUACAUCAUGAUAAAUUGUCAACUAUCAAUGGAGUUGGGUUGACAUUGUGUAUAACAGGAAUGGUAUUACAUGCACUAACGAAACAGAAAAAAAAUAAUCAUGUAAAUAGAAUUGGGCAUGCUUCAACGAAUGGAGAAGAUGAGAAAAGAUUGUUAAUGUCGGAGGUUGGUGAGACUGCUUGA